AUGAGCGACCUUGGGGACAAGUAUUUGGCGUUAGGUGGCGGUGGCGAUGGCAACGGAGCAGGUGGAGGUGGCGAUGGCAACGGAGCAGGUCGAGGUGGCGGUGGCGAUGGCAACGGAGCAGGUGGAGGUGGCGAUGGCAACGGAGCAGGUCGAGGUGGCGGUGGCGAUGGCAACGGAGCAGGCGGAGGUGGCAAUGGCAACGGAGCAGGUCGAGGUGGCGGUGGCGAUGGCAACGGAGCAGGCGGAGGUGGCAAUGGCAACGGAGCAGGUCGAGGUGGCGGUGGCGAUGGCAACGGAUCAGGUGGCGGUGGCGAUGGCAACGGAGCAGGUGGAGGUGGCGAUGGCAACGGAGCAGGUCAUCAUCCAGACGGUGCUGAUCCUGAGCGGGCAGGCCAAGGUGGCGAUGGCAUUCAAGAAGCUGACUUAGGCCACCAUCAACUUCCCGAUAGAUCCUCAAAUGAAGCUCCAAGAACUGCUCAAAAAGUAAAAGAAAGCGAUGCAGCAGAAGAAUACGAAGUGAGCGGCAAAUUGAAGGCUAAGAGUGGUCUAUACAAUUUGACUGUUGUCCUUCUCAAGCUUUUGGCACGAAAGAAACCAAGUGAUGAGCAGCAGGGCGUAUCUUCUGAGCCUUUGUUGAAUGCUGUUGUUUAA